AUGAUUGACAAGGAAUUUGAAAAUUUGCUCAUACGUUUAGUAGGACAAACUGUUUUUGAGAAAUUCAAACAUGAAGAAAAGGAGGAUUGGCUUGACAUGCAACGAGACUUCGAGUCACGGAAACGUGAAACGACUGAAGACAGUGAGGGGAAAUUAGGAAUUAGAAUACAUGCAUCUCUAAUUGAUCUUUACAAUCAAUACUCACAACUUGACCUCUGUACUUCAUUAGCAUCGUCUCAGUAUGCAGGUCUAAUUGAUCUUAAAAGGGAUAAGUUGAAGAUUUCUUACAAGGUCUUUGUUCAACUAUUCGACACGUCAGUGUCAAAAACGGUUGGUCAUCUGAAGUCAGUGUUAUCCGACGGCACACUGAAAGAUGUAAGAGUUUUACUGAUGGUAGGUGGUUAUUCUGAAUCGCCCGUAUUACAACACGCAGUAACAGAAGCAUUGCCUGGUUUAAAGGUCGUGAUACCUGUUGGCGCUUCAUCAGUCAUAUUAAGAGGUGCUCUAAUAUAUGGUCAUAACCCUGAAUCAAUAAGUAAAAGGAUUCUCAAAUAUACAUACGGCACUAGUCACACACCAAUUUUAUAG